AUGGAGCACCACCCACGUCCAUCGCCGCACCCUCAACGCGUUUCCCAUGGCCAAGGCUACGGACAACCCACCACCGCACGCAGAGGUCCUGGCCCCAUGCUUGGAAACACCGCAGUGCCGCACCAAUCUGCGCUCUCGCAGCAACAAUUACACCAGCAGCACCAGACGGCGAUGGCAGAACGAGAGCUGGCGAAGAGGCGGGCGAGGAAGCCGACGGACAAGAUGAUCCCCGACGGUGUGGAUGAGAUCGUUCCCAAUGUAGCGCUUUAUAAAGAACUUAGGGACAUGGAGAGGAGGUACGAUGCGACGAUUCUGAGGAAGAGGUUGGAUGUGCAGGAUGCGGUUAAUAGGAAUGUCAAGAAUUACAAAACCCUUCGGAUAUUUAUUUCCAAUAGUGCAAAAGACCAGCCAUGGCAGAAUUCCGAUCGCCCGCUAGACGAAAACGCAUUCGAUUUUGACACCGGCCAGAUCCCGACAUUCCGCGUGAGAAUUGAAGGCAAACUACUCGAGGACGAAGAAGACGACGCGGCAGAAGUCGAUCCAGACUCCGACCUCAAUCUCGAACCCACACCCGGAUUCACAGAUCCUAUCCAGCCACCCAAAAAGAAAUUCUCGCACUUCUUCAAAGGAAUCACCGUUGAGCUUGACAGAAACAAGGAUAUCCACCCGGAAGGCAACGUUAUCGAGUGGAGGAAGACUGCACCGAAUGUGCCGCCAGGCGCAGCCCCCCAGGGACCGCUGGAAUUUGACGGGUUUGAAUUUGAAAGAAAGGGCGAUGAGAAUGUCAAUUGCACCAUUAAACUUAUCCGAGACGAGGUUCCGGAUAGAUUCAGAUUAAACUCCGCUCUCGCAGACUUGCUAGAUACGAAGGAGGAUACUCGUGCGGGUAUAGUCAUGGGAAUCUGGGAAUACGUACGGAUUAAUGGUCUUCAAGACCCCGACGAACGGAGAACCAUCAAUUGUGACGAGAAUCUUAAAAAGAUCUUUGCCCAAGACCGCCUCUACUUCCCCCAAAUCCCCGAGCUAACCCUCGCGCACAUCCUCCCGCUGGAGCCCAUAUCAAUCAACUACACCAUUCGCUGCGAUGUCCCACAGCACUUCUCUCCCGCAGUCUACGACGUGACCGUCUCCAUCGAUGACCCCAUCCGGGCCAAAAUGAGCGCCCUCCUCACCUCUCCAUCGAACCUCCAGGGCCUGCGCGAGAUCUCCACAAUCGACGAGCAAAUCGCGCUUCUUGUCCAGAGCAUCAACCACUCUAAGGCGAAGCGUGACUUUUGGCAUGCCAUGAGCGUCGACCCAGCCGACUUCGUGAAGCGCUGGGUCAGCUCGCAGAAGAGAGACUUGGACACGCUCAAUGGAGAGGCCAUUGGCGUCGGCGUGGAGGACGAGGAGAUGAGGCGGAAGGAGUUCUUUGACAAGGUUGGGGAGAACGUGUAUCUUUUAUUAUCGAGGCAGGUACAGAAGCAAGGGGGGCAGUAG